CCCCCCCCGCGCCGCCGCCUCCCCCUUCCCCUUCUCCCCUUCCCUCCUUCUCCUCCCCCGCCUCCCGCUGAUCCCCCCCCCACGGCCUUCGGGGGCCCCGCGGGACCGGCCCCGGCGGGAGGGCGGCUCGCCCGGCCCGGCCCCCUCCCGCUGCCGCCGGAGAUCUUUCUUUCAAUAGUAGCUUUGAAAAUGAAGGUCAGAGGGUUCAGCGGGUGAAGAAGAACUGAACGCCCCAAAGGGUCAGCUCUGAUUUCAGAUACAGUAUCUAAAGGCAUUUGUGCCUGAAGCCACAGAAGAUAGAUGGACAAGCCAAGCAACUUCUGACUCGGCAUCAUUUUCUGGGGCAAAAUUAGAUGGCAAUGUAUCCUACAAGGGUGUCCGGUGAGGAAUGCAAUGGGAUCAAUAACAUGUCGGCGGAGAGCGGCCCUGGAACGAGACUGAGGAACCUGCCGGUGAUGGGGGAUGGACUGGAAGCCACCCAGAUGUCUACGACGCAGUCGCAGGCUCAGCCCCAACAAGGCAGCACGGUGGGCGUGAAUCCCCCUCCACCAGAGACCUCCAACCCCAACAAACCCAAGCGCCAGACCAACCAGCUGCAGUAUCUGCUCAAGGUGGUGCUCAAGACGCUAUGGAAGCACCAGUUUGCGUGGCCUUUCCAGCAGCCUGUGGAUGCUGUCAAGCUGAACCUCCCUGAUUAUUACAAGAUCAUUAAGACCCCGAUGGACAUGGGAACAAUAAAGAAACGCUUGGAGAACAACUACUACUGGAACGCUCAAGAAUGUAUCCAGGACUUCAACACCAUGUUUACAAACUGCUACAUCUACAAUAAGCCAGGGGAUGACAUAGUCUUAAUGGCAGAAGCUCUAGAGAAGCUUUUCCUGCAGAAGAUCUCAGAGAUGACCCAGGAGGAGACGGAAAUCGUCAUCGCCCAGACGAAGGGCAGGGGACGCGCGCGGAAGGAAGCAGUGACAUCCAAGCCCGGCUCAUCCACGGUACCCAACACCACCCAAGCCUCCUCCCCGGCCCAGACGCCGGCGCCGGCGCAGACGCUCCCGUCGGCGCAGACGACUCAUUCCUUCCCCUCCGUCACCCCCGACCUCAUCGUGCAGACCCCGGUCAUGACGAUGGUGCCUCCCCAGCCCCCUGUGCCACCCCCACCGGCCCCCCAGGCCCCCGCGCCGCCGGCCCCGGCCCCCCAGCCCAUCCAGCCUCACCCUCCCGUGAUCCCAACGCCCGCCCAGCCCGUGAAGACAAAAAAAGGGGUGAAGAGGAAAGCUGACACCACGACACCAACGACCAUCGACCCAAUCCAUGAAUCGUCAUCGCUUCCCACUGAGCCCAAGUCCACCAAGCUGGGACCGCGGCGGGAGAGCAGCCGCCCGGUGAAGCCUCCAAAGAAGGACGUUCCAGACUCCCAACAACACGUAGUAGAAAAGAGUAGCAAAAUCUCUGAGCAGUUAAAAUACUGCAGCGGGAUCAUCAAGGAGAUGUUCGCCAAGAAACACGCGGCCUACGCUUGGCCCUUCUACAAACCUGUGGAUGUGGAAGCCCUGGGACUGCACGAUUAUUGCGAUAUCAUUAAACAUCCCAUGGAUCUGAGCACAAUCAAGUCCAAACUGGAGACCCGGGAAUACCGAGAUGCUCAGGAAUUUGCGGCGGACGUUCGGUUGAUGUUCUCCAACUGCUACAAGUACAACCCCGCCGACCACGAGGUGGUGGCCAUGGCCCGGAAGCUGCAGGAUGUGUUCGAGAUGCGCUUUGCCAAGAUGCCGGAUGAACCGGAAGAACCUGUGAUUCCAGCUUCUUCUCCCGUGGUGGUGCCACCUCCCACCAAGGUGGCUCCCCCUUCCUCCAGUGACAGCAGCUCCGACAGCUCCUCCGACAGCGACAGCUCCUCGGACGACUCGGAGGAGGAGCGAGCUCAGCGCUUGGCCGAGCUCCAGGAGCAGCUGAAAGCCGUGCACGAGCAGCUGGCAGCCCUGUCCCAGCCCCAGCAGAACAAACCAAAGAAAAAAGAGAAGGACAAGAAGGAGAAGAAGAAGGAGAAGCACAAAAAGAAGGAAGAGCUGGAAGACGCCAAGAAAAGCAAAGCCAAGGAGCCGCCACCCAAGAAGGCCAAGAAGAGCAACAGCAACACCAGUACCUCCAGCAAGAAGGAGCCGGUGGCUGUGAAGAACAGCAAACCCCCCCCAGCCUACGAGUCGGAGGAGGAGGAGAAGUGCAAACCCAUGUCCUACGAGGAGAAGCGGCAGCUGAGCCUGGACAUUAACAAACUGCCCGGGGAGAAGCUGGGCAGGGUUGUCCACAUCAUCCAGUCCCGGGAACCCUCCCUCAAGAACUCCAACCCCGACGAGAUCGAGAUCGACUUCGAGACCCUCAAGCCCUCGACGCUGCGGGAGCUGGAGCGCUACGUCACCUCCUGCCUGCGCAAGAAGAGGAAACCUCAAGCAGAGAAGGUGGACGUCAUCGCUGGCUCCUCCAAGAUGAAGGGGUUCUCCUCCUCCGAGUCGGAGAGCACCAGCGAGUCCAGCUCCUCCGACAGCGAAGAGUCAGAAACAGAAACGGCACCAAAAUUGAAGAAAAAAGGGCAUUCGGGGCGAGAGCAAAAAAAGCAUCACCAUCACCACCACCAGCCGGUGCAGCAGCAGCCGCCGCAGCCCCCGCCAGCGCCGCAGCCGCCGGUGCCGCCGCCGCAGCCCCCGCAGCAGCCCCUGCCCCCCCAGCAGCCCCCCCCGCCGCCCCCUCCACCCCCUGUCCCCCAGCAAGCUCCUCCACCCAUCAAGUCUUCUCCUCCACCCUUCGUCCCCACGCAAGUCCCCGUCCUGGAGCACCCGCUGCCGGGGACCAUGUUCGACACCAUGACACAUUUCACCCAGCCCAUCCUGCACCUCCCGCAGCCGGAGCUGCCGCCGCACCUGCCCCAGCCCCCCGAGCACAGCACUCCUCCCCACCUCAACCAGCAUGCCGUGGUGUCUCCUCCAGCUUUGCACAACGCUCUGCCUCAGCAGCCCUCCAGACCCAGCAACCGAGCGGCCGCGCUGCCGCCGAAGCCCUCGCGCCCACCGGUCUCUCCGGCCAUCAGCCAGCAGCCCCUGCUCCCUCAGCCGCCCCUGCCCCAACCUCCCCAAGUCCUGCUGGAGGACGAAGAACCUCCUCCUCCUCCUCCUCCUCCUCCUCACCACAACCUGCCUCUGAGCGCCAGCCAGAUGCAGCUCUACCUGCAGCAGCUGCAGAAGGUGCAGCCGCAGACUCCUCUUCUCCCUUCAGUGAAGGUCCAGUCGCAGCCGCCGCUGCCGCCGCCGGCGCACCCAGGGGUGCAGCAGCUGCAGCACCAGGCGCCGCCGCGGUCGCUGCACAUGCAGCCCCUGCCCUUCCCCUCCCACCUGCCCCCGCAGCCCCCCCAGCAGCAGCAGCAGCAGCAGCAGCAGCAACACCCGCCCCCGCAGCCGCCCCCGCCGCCGCCGCCGGCCAAGCCGCAGCAGGUCAUCCAGCACCACCCGUCGCCGCGACACCACAAGCCCGACCCCUACUCGACCGGUCACUUGAGGGAAGCCCCUUCCCCUCUCAUGAUGCAUUCCCCACAGAUGCCGCAGUUCCAGGGCUUGGUCCACCAGUCGCCACCUCAACAAACAAUCCAGCCAAAAAAACAGGAGCUCAGAGCCGCCUCCGUGGUCCAGGCGCAGCCCCUGGUGGUGAAGGAGGAGAAGAUGCACUCGCCCGUCAUCCGGAACGAGACCUUCAGCCCCCCCCUGCGGCAGGACCCCCCCAAGCACCCCGAGAGCAUCAAGCCCCCCGCGCACAUCCCGCAGCGGACGGAGAUGAAGCCCAUGGAGGGGGGACGUCCUGUCAUCAGACCCCCAGAGCAGACACCCCCCCCACCAGGAGGGCAGGAGAAGGACCGGCAGAAACAGGAGCCCAAAACGCCCGUCGCUCCAAAAAAGGACUUGAAGAUCAAGAACAUGGGCUCCUGGGCAAGCUUGGUGCAGAAACAUCCCACCACUCCCUCCUCCACGGCCAAGUCCUCCAGCGACAGCUUCGAGCAGUUCAAGAGGGCGGCGCGGGAGAAGGAGGAGCGGGAGAAGGCGCUGAAGGCCCAGGCUGAGCAGGUGGAGAGGGAGAAGGAGCGGCUGCGGCGGGAGCAGGAGAGGAUGAGGAGCCGGGAGGAUGAGGAGGCCCUGGAGCAGGCCCGUCGGGUGCACGAGGAGGUUCGGCGGCGCCAGGAGCAGCAGCAGCCGCAGCCACCGGGACCGGGGUCGGUGUCGGCGGCGCCGGCGCCGCAGGCCCAGAGUUCCCAGCCCCAGUCCUCCCAGUCCAUGUUGGAUCAGCAGCGGGAAAUGGCCCGGAAGCGGGAGCAGGAGCGGAGGCGCCGGGAAGCGAUGGCGGCAACGAUCGACAUGAACUUCCAGAGCGAUUUACUGGCGAUAUUCGAGGAAAACCUUUUCUAGUGGCUCCUCCCGCCCCGAAUCUUUCAGAAAAAGGAAAAAAAAAAAAAAAACACACAAAAAAAAAACCAUAAAAAAGACAAAAAAAGACAAAAAAUUCCUUUUUUUUUUUUUUUUUCUCCUCCCUCCCCCGGCCAAAAAAAAAAAAAAAAGAAAGAAAAAAACAAGGAAAAAAAAAAAAAAGGAAAAAAACCAAAACCAACCAAACUUGGGACUCUCCGUGAAAAGUGUUAAAAAUAAACCAAGAUUCUCCGGGAUGGGUCUGGCGGGAUUGGCGGGAGCACCUCGGCCUUACCCCCCCCACAGCCUCCCCUCCUCGGAAUUCCCGGGGGUUUUUCCAUGUU